GUAUUAAACCGUUUGGGCGCAACUUUUAUUUGCCGGUCGAUAUCCCUCGCACAAUGAAAUAGGCUACAAUGGACGAUGAUGAUGAACUACUGGCGUCACUGGAGCUACCACCGGCACCGAAACAAUGCGCCGUAAGUGAAACCAAACCCUCGCCUAAUGUACCGACACCGUCCACCAGUGGGUCGUCCGGUACGACCGAACCAUCCGUCGUUGUGGCGAAGGUUAACAAAAGCCACUGCAUCCUGGUAAAUCCGAAGCAGCGUGGUAAUCCGCUGCUUAAAGCAAUCCAGCUCAUACCCUGGGAAUAUGAUGACAUCGUGCCGGACUAUGUGGUUGGCGCGAGUGCUUGUGUCCUGUUCCUUUCGCUGCGCUAUCACAACCUAAACCCGGACUACAUCCACGCGCGUUUGAAGCAGCUCGGGAAAAUGUACGAGCUGCGUGUGUUACUGGUGCAGAUUGAUAUAUCCGAACCGCAGAAUGCGUUGAAGCAUCUGACCCGCAUCUGUUUGCUCGCCGAUCUGACGCUUAUGCUCGCCUGGAACGCGGAUGAAGCCGGACGGAUUGUGGAGAAGUAUAAACUGUUCGAAAACCGGCCACCGGACUGGAUUAUGGAGCGGGCCGAGAAGUAUCCGCAUGAGAAGCUGGUACGGGCACUUACUAAUAUAAAACCAGUCAAUCAGACGGACGCGAUGAUACUUUUGCAGAACUAUGGUACACUCGGGAAGCUAAUCAAUACGACCGAAGAGAAGCUAAGUAUGUGUUCCGGGUUGGGACCAAGAAAGGUGAAAAAACUGCACAAAACUUUUAGUGAAAACUUUCGUAAAUAGUCGCCUCUAUGCUGUGGCUGUUGGCCAAAACGCAAAGUAAAAUUAAGUGAUUGUACUAAUCUAAAAUGUGCUAAUUUAGAGAGAAUUGAGAGUUCGAAAAGUAAUGUAUCAAAUAAACGUAAGCCUAUUAAAUA